GCACCCCAAGUCAAACGGACCUCGUCCGAGUAACCCGUUUUUCUUGUUUUUAAGUGAUAUGCGGCUACAGCCUUCUAAGCCGUUCUUCCACUGCCCCCUCCAGCGCCUAUUUACCAAGCGUGUAGGAGAUUGUUGGAGACAAAUGACAGAUCAAGAAAAAUUGCCAUGGUACCAAAGGGCUGAAGAAUUGAGAAGAAAACAGAAGCACGAAAACUUUGAAGGAUCUUAUAUCGAAAGCUUGUGUUCUAAAGACUCGGGCAGCGAAUAUAUUACUACAAGCGGUAAAGCAGGGACCGAAAACAGUUCUCAUUCUGGUGGUAGUCAGUUUCAAUUCCAUUACGAAUUCAUCAAUUACUCGCCGAAACAGCAAAGCUUCAAAGGUGGUAUCGUAAAGAAUAAGAACAACAGGCAAAAUGUCGCAGCAAAGUCAACGAAUAGAUCUGCCGGUGGUUCUCUCAACAGGCGAGGACAUUUUGAUAUUCCCGUCGAGAAAUUAUCAGUUAAUUCCGCUAUUGAUACUACAGCCACCGUUAUGUUGGAUACGGUUCCGGCUCCUGUGUUAUUGGCACCAUUCAUCUCUAACCAGCUUAUCAUUUUUCCACAUAGUCAGUAUUUUCCAUAUGCACCACCUACGUUGAUGCCAACUCUAUCAACUGAAUCACAUUAUCAAAUUUAUAAUUCAUUCUUUGAUACCAACCAACCGAUAACGGACAUUUGCUAUGAAUUUAUCCCUAAUGAAAUGUGA